GUCAGAGGUCGCAGAAAUAAAAAUGGCGAGAACCAAAUUUGACGUCGCAGUAAUUGGAGUAUUUUUUAGUUUAUGUGACAGUGUCCUGUGCUACUAUUGUGAUAAUGAUAAGUGUUUGGAGGACCAGUUCUGUUGUGGAGAAAAUAUCUGCUGUGUCUCAUACAAAGUCUGGGAACUCUGGUAUUUCUGGUUGGGUAUCCUGUUUUGCGUAUUCCUGUUGUCCCUAUGUGGAUGUUUCUGGCGGGAGAGACAGCGUGCAUACUGGUUCCACUCUCCAACACAGCAUCCAUACAGGCAGCUGAAUCCCGAGGAUGAUUUAAAAUAUAAGGAUGACUACCAUGCAAAGAAGGAUAGAUCUCCCGAGUUUUACGGUCCUUCCCAGCCAUCAUGGUACAGCCAGGGGACUGCUUCCCCGUCCACAGUUUACAGUGACAAUGAGCAGCUCUAUGAUACAGACACAAGCAGGAAACCAGACUACUAGCACUUCCUGUAGACGAUUCCUGUGAAAUGGUACCUGAAAUUCAUCUCAAGGAAUUUAGACUGUUUUGUGAAAGUGCUUUGUAUUUCCUGAUGUUUGGUGCCAAGUUUCAUCUCAUCAAGUUAUAAGGUGUAUAAGCAGGAAACCAGGUUACUAGAACUUCCUGUAUAUGCAGUCUGGUUCCUGGUUUUCAUCUCAUAAAGGAUCUUUAAUGAAACCAGACUGGUCUUUGGUGCCCAAAAUUUGCCAUCAAAUUUAUACCGUUUUUAAGCAGGAAACCAGUCUAUAAACACUUCCUGUAGUACGUGUACAGUACAUGUAUUCUGGUACCUGGCUUUCAUAAUAAAGGAUAUUGGAAGAAACCAGACUAAAGCUUACCAAUUCUUUCAGGCGUUUAGUGUCCAGUUUUAUUCCAUAAGCGUCAUAAAUGGAUUCUUUGAUAAGCAGUAUCACUCAACUUGUUAAGGGAAAUAUUUGUUAUAUUAUUACACAAGUGUGAAUUUAAAACAUAGUUUCUGGCUACGGAAGUUUUUCUUAACUCGUAUACUACUGAGUUCUGGUUUAUUUUACAUAUUGUUCUAUUUAGACACACUGAUCUUGAAAUGAAAUAAAUCCAUGUUUGUGUACAUUCAAUUGGCAUGCAGACAAAGCCCAAUCAGGGGUAUAUAAACUUGUAGAUCUGUUAAAAUGGAAUUAUUGUCGUACACAUUUAAAUAAAAAAAAUGCAAAAGCUUUGAAAAGGGCUACAGAACUGGUCAUUUAUUAAAAUCUUUAAUAUUUUUUGUAACUUCAAUUGAGUUAAUUUCCUGAGAUAAUUUUUGCCAAAGUCAAAAAAAAGAGAUGAAUUUUUGUUGUUGUUUUUUAAUAACUUACAGUCUGUAUUGUGAAUGCUGUCAGUGAAAAUAAGGUAUUUUUAAAAAAAAAUCAAGCAAUAUAUAAAAUAUAUGAUUUUAACAAUCAGUUAAAUAAGUACAAAAAUGAUAGGAAGUGACUUAUGUAAGGGAUUGACCUACAGUGUAAAUGUAUGUUUAAUGUUUAAGGAAAUGACUUAUGUAGGAAAAUGACUUAUAAUGUAUUAAAGGAAACAAUUUUUGUUAGGAAAUGAUUCAAGACCUUUAAUGCAUACUUAAGCCAGUUGCCAUAAGUGGUGAAUCAUGUAUUAUAUGAUCUUAUAAAAUGUGGGCAUUUGCAAUUUGUCAUCUUGUUAAUGGCUUAUGUACAUGUAUAUAUGUUUAAUGAAAGUUUAUAUGUUAUAUUAUAUAAGAACCGGUGCCUAAUGUUUACUUUGGGGUUCUUACGAUUGUUGUAUGUUUUUAAAUAACUGUCCCUGUAUAUAAUUGUAGGCCUGAGUGAAUACAGUCUGCCCAAGAUAACAUUAAAAGUGGGAAUAGUCGGUUUAUUAAAAAAAGGUGAACCAAAAUUUAAAGCAGAAUGUAUCUUCAUGAUGUUGUUUUACUAUGAUUUGCCAAAUUUUCUGGUUUGGACUAAUUUGAUUAGAGUUCUGUUAGCACAAAAUCAUCCUGGGAUGACUGCAUGCCAUAAAUUCUAUUCAUAGUGUGUAAUUGAUAUGUGUUAUUAAUAUUGAUUUUCGUUGUUUAUCUCAAAUUUGUCCAUGCAUUAUGUUUAAAAAAAUAUAUGUAAAUACAUUAUAUGAUAGAUUUCACAGACAGAUUUGAAUGUUUUCAAUUGACUUGCAACAAAAUUUGUUGUAAAAAAUUAUGUUCCAUUGUUGAAUUCAGAAAGAUUUAAUCUCGCUGAAUUUUAAAAUGAAAAAAUGGGUAUUAUUAUUGUCAUAUAGCUUUGGAAAACGUUGUGGCUUCUCAUUAUAAAUGUUGCCUUCGUUGGAAUCAUGCACAAUUUUUAUGUAAGCCAUAGCUACUGGCUUAGCCAAACACAGGCACUGAGACCCUGGGUCACCAAUAUCAGAAGUUCUCCAGUUACUUAAUCUUGAUCUAAAUUAAUGGUAGGCCAGAACACAUUCAUUCAGGCAUAAAAAGGAAGAAUACAUAAUGGAGUAUGCCAGGGUUCCCUUAGUGCGAUUUGGGGAGGGAUAGAUUAAAUCCAGCUUCAACCCUGUUUACUUAUCAAUCAAACUUGAAAUCAUUUAAACAGUAAUCAUUCACAAUAACUAAUGCAUACAUAACAUAGAGUAAUGAUAGUAACUGUAUGUGUAAGAAGUCACUUGCUUUGGCUAAGAAAAACUUAAAGCAGAAGAGUGUUUGUGUCCUCUCGAAGUGCUUUUGUAAACAGAACUGUCAUAACAAAAUAAACUUAUAGUGUUAUAAUUGCUUUGAAUUUUCUUCAUUUAAACUUCAGUUUGUCAAUAUUGAAAGUUUGUUGAAGUCGCUAUAAGUAAAGAUCUUGCCACAAUGAUCAAGUCAUUAUUAAUUUUGUCCUAGUCAUUUAAAAUCAAUAUCAAAUACCAUUAUAAAUUGUCUUUUACAUUGUAGUUAAAAUGUAUUUUUGAACAUUACAUUUUUCUAAAAAAGCCUUUAAAUUUGUGGUUGGCUUGGAACUGGCAGGGGUAAUAUUGAGACCUCUAAUCUUUAAGAUGAAACUGAUCUUGAUUUCAUUGCUGAAAUGUAACAGACAGGGAUGCAGUUUGGCUGAAUUGAUGUGUAGGCCGAUUUCUAUAUUGGUUUGGGGGCAUGCCCUGUAUGUUAUUUUUAAGAGCUAGAUUGUUGAGAGUUGCAUUUUGGUAUGCAUUUUCUACCAGGAAAUAUAUUGAUACAAGUACACCUAUAUCCUAACAUUUUACUUUGGAACAGUACGGUAGAUAAAUAUGUAUAGCAUUGUUAUUUUUUUCAUAUUUACGGUUUGGAUAUUUGUCAGUUAUAUUUUCCUAGGUACUAGUAUAUGUAAUAUGUUACUUUCAAUGAUGAAUAGGCCAGUUGCGUAUAUCAGCCAAUAUCAGAAUGUUGAUAAAGUCAUUUAACAGGACAAAAAAGGACAAAAUAUCGCAUUCUCUACACAAUAUAGUUAGCUUGCCAUACUGCAACCAUUGAUAGAUUGUACACAGGAUUGUUUGAAAAAUAAUGACUUGAUUGGUUAAUAGUUAUGACUGGAUAUAUAUUGACCAAUCAAUAAACAUUUUGUGUAACUUUGAGUCUUUGACCAAACAAAAAACUUUAUAGUUUUAUACAAUUGGCUGCCAGCCAUUACCGUAGUAUUACUGUGUUUGUAUGAUUUUUUUUUUUAAAUAUUUAUUAUGGCGCAACAUGUAUAGCUCUGUAUAUUGAAGAAAGCUUCACAAAAAUAAGAUGAAUGUCAGAACAUUUUACUAAAUAUAUGAUAGCGUAACUAAAUGGUUUAACCUUAUUUCAACUUGUCAUGUAUUUCAACGAGAACAAGUCUAGGUAUUCACUUUUGUCAGCAUGUUGACAUCAUCAUCAUUAAAACCCCCUUUGCAGAAUCAUGCAAAAAAAAAACCGGUUCAUAACUUGGUUGAUUAAAAAAAACAAAAACAGACAAGCUUUGGCGUCUUGUAACUUUUGUCAUUGGUUUUUACAACAUACAUUGUUAAUACAGUGAAAAUGUAAUUGUUAUUGGGGUUGGGGGGGGGGGGAAAUGGCAUUUUUUUCAGUUAUGUUUGAAGUCUUAUAAACUGUAACAGUUUAAAUACAAUUUGUGACUCUUAAGAUGCUUCAAACAGGGGGCUUCAAGAAGUUCCUUGAUCCCUGGAGUAAAUUUCAGGGAUUUUUGUUCUCAGCCACAUAUACAUGCAAGAUAUUUUCUACCUCAUGGAAUUCUUAAUUGAUAAAUAUCUUGAAAUUCUGCAUGGUAAUUAAGAAUCAGUCAACUUAAUGAAAUGUCUUAUAAACACAAUGAUUUGAUCAAUUUCUGUAAACCACCCACUAUGAAAAACUUUAUUAGAUAUCUGCAUUUAAUUUUUGGUUUUCUUGUGAAUAAGAUUAAAGCGAUAUUAAUUAAUGGUAAAAAACUUAUGAUUAAAAUAAACCAGUUUUCUAUGAUUGGUUGCCUUGUACUUAAUUAAGGUAGAAUUUGGAUUAAUUUCUCUGUUAUUCAUUUAAUGAUGUAUAUAAUUGUCAUUGUUUGUUUUAUGCAAUGGUCAUUGAUUAUACUGCGUAGCAGGCCUGCACAUACAUGUAUUUGUUGAAUGUGGUUUAACUUUUAUGUUUUUGUUUUAUUUACCGUAAGUUGAAAACAUUGAAUUGAAUAUAUUUGUUAAUUAUUGUUUUAGAAAGAGUGUAGAUUUUGUUGAGUAUCUAUUUGUAUAUCAUAAAGUACAUGUAUAAUAUUUUAAAAUUAUGAUGUUUUGUCUCUAAAUUUUUUCGCACAAAUCAGAAGAAUAAAAUUUAUACCAUACAAGAAUAAUUGAAGAAGAAUGAAGUUAAAACUGCAUGUCUGGGUACCGACUUGCCUGGUACCGACAUGCACAGGAAGGAGAGUACGUACCAUUUGCAUGUUUUCAGUGCCAGUAAGCUGGGCCAGUAUAGCACAUGGCUUGCAACAGGAGAAGUCAGUCUUUUAAGAGAAUUGUGUGUAUUUAUAAUCAUCAAUAUAAUUAUCUUAAGUGUUGGCCCAAAGAACUGAUUAUUGUCGUAAUGUGGAUUAAAUAUCGAGCACAAGCAAGAUAUACAAUUGAAACUUGGUACAAAUGUUUCCAGUGACAAUAUGCACAUGUGAGGCUCAUUAAAAUAAAACCACCUUAACAAUUGUAAAGUUUGUUACUUGUUCCACUUGAAAAGACCAGAUGAGCAUUGGUGCUCACUCAGUGGCACUCUUGUUUUAUCCGUUUGCUUGUAAAAGUACACACACACACACACACACACACACAUUUGCACACAUGAUAUUCAUCAGUUUAUAUCAUGGAACAUUUCAUAAGCUCUGAAAUUAUUCUCCAUAGUUAACAGGGAAACAAUCGGCCUUCCCAGUUAGGCAACGCCAUCUUGCCAACUCUUCCCUGCAGUACUUUCAGUACUUUGAUUUUUGAUACUACAUGUAUCAUGCAUUGGUUCUGUAUUGUACAUGUACUAUAUGCUUGAUUAGAUGGGACAUGCCAGAUUAAUUCUUUGUUUAUUAUCACCUGCCUGGAAUUAUUACGAUUCUUUAAAACAAACAAAAAACUUUCAAAGACCCAAAUAUAGCAAGGAUGUUGCAAUUGUGAACCAAUUUUAUGUUAAUAAACCCAUUUUGAAGCAUGUUAAAACCAUAUAGAGGUUUCGCUUUUGUCAAUUAUUGGAAGAUAUUCUGAGCCUACAGUAUAUAUUUUCGAGGUUAAAGUUUGGAUAGUUAUGAUCCUUAUUUUUUCCUCGAGGUAUUGAAGGUGUUGAAUUUAAGCCGGAUGCUACACAUAGAAUUAAUUUGCUAUAGCCUUAAAGCUGCACUCUCACAGAUGGAACGUUUCCACAACUUAUUUAUUUUUUGUCUUGGAACGAGCCACUUUUUGCGAAAUCCAUGGAAACCAGUGAUAAAAAACUGCUGACAAAAAAUCAGAUCGCAGAUUUUUAUACUUCAGUUCAAAAAUUAAUGUUUUGUGCAUUUUUCUUAAACAGCUAGUAACGGUUUAAGUCAUAAAACAUUAAUUUUCGAACAGUUACCAAUCUGAUCUUUUGUCAGCAAUCUUUCAUCUUUGGUUUGCAGAUAUCUACGCCAAAAUUUGCCCUUUCCAAGACAAAAUAUAUAAUAGUUGUAAAAAUGGUAUAUCUGUGAGAGGGCUUUAAGAGUGUAACAGCAGUCUUGAAUACACUCAAGUCUAUGACCUUUAUAUUCAUAACAUAUAUAUAUCAUUGUUUGUUUUUUCUGUCAUAAAUCAUUCUAGCAUGGGGUCAAGUGUUUUUAUAAUGUAUCUGUAUUCACUUGGAUGCAAUUUGUUGAUGACUUGCUGUUGAGAAGUUUAUUUUUGUGCAAAUAUUUUUUCUUCUCAAAUAAAAAAAAUAUCUGUUUGUA